AUGGUGUUGGAGAACACGAGAGAACUCGAGGAGGAGGAAGAAGAAGAGGAGGUGGUGGAGAAGCGGGUGAUUGCUGAGGAAAAAGUUAGGGGUUCGGAGGAGGCGGUGAAGAAGAGAGUCAGAUUGAAGGUGGGAAGCGAAGGUGAAGAGGUUCAAGCAAUGCAGGAUUCUAUUGGCGUGAGGAGGAUAUGGAGUUUUCCAGCUUCUCAAGUGGGACAGCAAGAGCUGUUAAGACUUGGCAAGCAUCACUUGGUGUCCGUGAGGAUGGGAUAAUGACAGAAGAGCUCCUUCAGAUGUUGUUCAUGGAUCAAGUAAUCAAUGAAGACGUAAAGACAGCAAGUACAGUAAAGCAAGAGGUAAACCUGUACCAUUUUUGCCUUCUUUUCUUGUUCUAAGUCAUGCAUCCGAGUAUAGAACAAUCGAAGAUUUUAUGGAAAAUACUUGUGGCGGACGUAGCAAGCCUUUGGUCUCUCUAUGCUUUGGUAUGCAGUCUCCUUACUAUGACUAAUGGGGACUUUCAUUGUAUGGUUUGGCCUCAAAAGCUUGUUGGUUGGGUAUUGUUAUGACCACAAAAAUGUACAAACAACUCUUCUGUAUAUCAGCUAGUAAUCUUUGUAUUAGACUUGUUAUAAAACAGAGGUCUUGUCCAGUGGUGGAUUGAAGUUUUAAAGAGUGAACUUAUCAAAGCCUUGUUGAAAAUGUUUAACAAUGUUGUAUCAA